CCAGCACCCGUCCUGGGACAGGAGUUGCAGGUUGGCAACCACUGGAGAUGUCUGCUGAGUGCCCUGAUCCUGGGCCAGGAGGGCCACAGAGUCAGUCCUUGAGGCCAGGCAGGCACUAUGGGACCUUGGUCUCAGGUCAGUGUCCCCCUCCCAGCACACCUGCCCCAUGGAGCCUGCCUCGCUGGAGAGCAUAUGUGGCUGCUGCAGUUCUCUGCUACAUCAACCUCCUGAACUACAUGAACUGGUUCAUCAUCGCAGGAGUGCUUUUGGAUGUACAGAAGUUUUUUUGGAUCAGUGACAGCAAUGCUGGUUUGCUUCAGACAGUCUUCAUUGGCUGCUUGCUGCUUUCUGCACCCUUGUUUGGCUACCUGGGUGACCGCCACAGCCGCAAAGCCACACUGAGCUUUGGGAUCCUGCUCUGGUCAGGGGCUGGCCUCUCCAGUUCCUUCAUCUCCCCUAAGUACCCCUGGCUCUUCUUCCUGUCCCGAGGAGUUGUGGGCACAGGCACAGCCAGCUACUCCACCAUCGCACCCACUGUCCUGGGUGACCUCUUCGUGAGGGAGCAGCGGACCCGUGUGCUGGCCAUUUUCUACAUCUUCAUCCCUGUUGGGAGUGGUCUGGGCUACGUGCUGGGGUCAGCUGUGGCGGAGCUAACAGGGAACUGGCGCUGGGCCCUCCGAAUCAUGCCCUGUCUGGAGGCUGUUGCCUUGAUCCUGCUUAUCCUGCUGGUUCCAGACCCUCCCCGAGGAGCAACUGAGAAGCAAGGGGAGGAGGCCACAGGGACCCUGAGGAGCAGCUGGUGUGAGGACAUCAGAUACCUGGGAAGAAACUGGAGUUUUAUGUGGUCCACCCUUGGAGUAACAUCCAUGGCUUUUGUGACUGGAGCCCUGGGCUUCUGGGCCCCCAAGUUUCUGUUUGAGGCUCGUGUGGUCCACGGGUUGCAGCUUCCUGAUUUCCAGGAACCAGGAAGCAGCCAGGACAGCCUGAUCUUUGGAAUACUGACUGUUGUGACUGGUAUCAUCGGUGUCAUCCUGGGGGCAGAGGCUGCAAGGAGGUACAAGAAAGUCAAUCCAAGGGCUGAACCCCUCAUCUGUGCCUCCAGCCUUCUUGCCGCAGCCCCUUGCCUCUACCUGGCUCUCAUACUGGCUCCAACCACCCUCCUGGCCUCCUAUGUAAGUGAGGGCCCUUCAGAGGUGUUCCUGGCCCUUGGGGAGCUGCUUCUGUCCUGCAACUGGGCCGUGGUAGCUGACAUCCUGCUGUCUGUGGUGGUGCCCAGGUGCCGGGGGACAGCAGAGGCGCUUCAGAUCACAGUGGGCCAUGUCCUAGGAGACGCAGGCAGCCCCUAUCUCACUGGACUUAUCUCUAGUGCCCUGCGGGCCAGGCGCCUGGACUCCUACCUGCAGCGCUUCCUCAGCCUGCAGCAGAGUUUCCUGUGCUGUGCCUUUGUCAUCACCCUGGGUGGCGGCUGCUUCCUGCUAACUGCACUGUACCUGGAGAAAGACCAGGCCCAGGUCCAGGCCCAGGCCCAGCAGCCUGACACAGGAACCCUGGACAGCAAGGACAUGGAGAGCCAAGGCCUGCUUUCCGGUAUCAGUGCCUCCACAGAGGACCCCUGAGGCUCCUGCCCUGCAGCAAGGAGACCCCCCCCAACUCUGCCCAUACUCCUCCCAUUGGCCCCACAGUGGCAGUGCCUCUGCCCACCUUUGGCUGUGACUCAGGGACUCUGACUGAGUUGCACCUGCUGCUUGUUCACUCCCAGUUAGAAAGCUGGCAGGGCCAGUGGCUGGGCUGGGAAUUGAGCUGUCAACACCCUCUGAGGGAGGCCUGUGUCUGUGCCUGUAACCAGCACAAGGUCCUUCCAGUCUAGGGUCCUUAGCCUGGUUGCUGAUGGACUCCUAUUAAAGUGUGAUCAGUACAAAGCCCAUGGUUAUCAGGUCUUUAGACAAUCCUGUUAUUUAUAGCCUCAUGGUGCGUGCCUCUGAAGAAAGGAGGAGGGAGAGGAGAAGAGGUGGGCAGUCAAGUUGAAGGAUACAGGGUGGUCCCUAAAGUGAGAACCACUUGGAGGGGUGCCCUAGCCUGAACAGAAACAGAGACAACUGUCCCAGAGCCACUUAAAGGGGCUUGCAUGACUGUGCACUAGUAUUCUUGGCUGUGCCAUGUUCCCUGCACCACCCCCAGCCCACGCUCUGACCCCAGCACCACCUAGAGGGGAGGGCCAGCUCUGUGGGACCCACACUUGACAUUGGGUUCAGAGCAUCUGGGCUCAGUGGGCUCUGCAGGAGACCAACAGCUUCCAGGCAGGCAGCAGUAGGGAGGCAUGUUCUUUCUGCCCAGGAACCUGAGCUGCUGUCCCCUCCUCUGGAGCCCAGCCAGGCAAUCACUUGCUCACUUGCUGAUUGCCACCUCCACUGUGUCUGCCUCCAAGCAGCUGUAGGCAGAACAGUGGCCUGACCCCUGUACAGCUCCUGACCUUUGCCUGCUCCUUCCCUGCCUCCUGGGGUACCCUCCCUGCCCUUCACUGGCUGUGACAGGUCCUAGGAGUUGGACUCUCCAGCUCAGUCUGCUCCCAACUCCCAGGUUCAGUCCUUCCUUCACAGUGGGCAUCACCAGACUGACCAGCCACUGACUCCAUGGCUUCACCUGGGUGCUCAGCAAACAGGCUUCCCUGAAAUUCCAAGGAAAUGCACUUGUGAGGAUAGCUGGUUUCUCCUGAGAAGGAGGCAGCCAGUCUGGGCUGGAGCUGGGACACCGUGGGCCAUCUCAGCAUUCACUGGCUGUGUGACUGAGGCUGCCUCCUGUCUCUCUUGGAGCUACAGAUUUCUCAGUGCAAAAGGUGAAUUGAACAUGGUUUUUCUAGUCCAGGCCUCAUGUGAUUUUCAGGCUGGGUCUAGAUCCACAGAAGCCUGGCUCCUAGUCUGAACCUUCCCCCAGCUCCAGCUUCAUUCAGUUCCUACCUCCUGCCUCCUUGGGGCCAGUCACAGUGGGCUGAGGUCUCAGGUAUGGGUCUGUGAGAGGCUGGGAGAGCCUGACCACUCAGGCUAGAGUAAAGGAGUCUGGUAAACAGGAAACAUCUUCCAGGCCUAAAGGGCACUUGUUGGGUAAUCCUAGUUGCUGAUACUCCGAACUUGUUUGCUGGGAAUGUCAACAGGAGGGAAAAUGCUACUCAGCAGGACAAGUCCUCAAGUCUGACCUUGCUUACUUCACAUGUUAAUGACUGCCAGGUGAGAUCCUGGCUGCCCCUGUGCCUGUGUGCCUGCUCAUCUCUAUAUUGGUCUGUAAGCACGUGAAGGGAUGUUUAUAAAGUACUGAUAAAAACUCUCCUUCCACUCUGACCUAAGGCUUGGGGUUGAGCACGUGGGUCUAGAUUAUUGCACCCUAACCCUGGCUUGUUCCUCUGCAACACCAGCCCUCAGCCUGUCUGGCUCAAUCUCUGAAGUGUGUGAUGUUCCCCCAUGCCUGGGUGGAUUCACAAGGUUAUUGAGCUAUAGAAGAGUAGGCAGGAGCCAGUCACAGUGGCACAUGCCUGUAAUCCCAGUGGUUAAGGAGGCUGAGGCAGGAGGAUUGCGAAUUCAAAACCAGCCUCAGCAACUU